CUCAGAACAAGACAAAGGGUGUUCAUUUCCUAUGGCAUGGACCAUCCCAUGUGCAAUCUAUAAACCUCUGAAAACAAGCUAACUACUCUUUUAUUUACAUAGGAUGUGACUGUGGAUUGCUGUCAAGAUGAGUGAAACACCUUCAACCAGUUACUCUGUGAAUCAGCCCAACUCCUCCGAGAGCGAGCAGAGCUUAGCUCCGCGCCACCUCAACGUCACGGAGCCUGUCGUGGCCAAACGGAUCUGUUUCUAUAAGAGUGGAGAUCCCCAGUUCAAUGGGAUCAAGAUGGUGGUUAAUAACAGGUCUUACAAAACAUUUGAUGCCUUGCUGGACAGUUUAUCCAAGCGGGUCCCCUUGCCUUUUGGAGUGAGGAAUAUCAGCACACCGAAAGGCAGGCACAGCAUUACCAAUCUGGAGGAUCUCGAGGAUGGAAAAUCUUAUAUUUGCUCCCACCAGAGGAGAAUGAAGCCCAUCAACCUGGAACAAGCCAGCAGAAAGCCCCUGCCCUGGCAGAUCAGCAGGCCUGUCAGCGCUCGGCGUCGAGCCGUGCAGUUAGCAAGGGGGAAUGAGGAUGCGUAUGGCCACCGGGAGAUCAGGAUAACCACUCCCAAAAAGAUGCUUGUCUUCAAAAACGGGGAUGUAAGGCUCAGGAGGACUGUAGUUCUGGGGAAGAAGAAUACACAAACCUUUGAGGCCUUUCUGGAUUACAUGAGUGAGUUAAUGCAGUAUCCGGUUGCAAAGCUGUACACCACCGAUGGCAGAAAGGUUCCUAAUCUUCAGGCCCUGAUACUGUGCUCCGGAGCUGUAGUCGCAGCGGGAAGAGAGCCUUUUAAACCAAGCAAUUACGACUCUCUCGGGUAUUCGCGGCCUGCUAAAUUGCUUGGAAUUGCAAAUCGUGUAUACCCCAAAGCAAAUGCCAAGUCAGAAAGUGAAAAUACAAGAGCUGAAGUGGGCUCUAGCUCAAGAUCUCAGAUAUUCUCAACCUCUUCUGAUAAAGGGUCCAGCAAUGAUAACAACUCAAACGAUAACAUCUCAGAUUCUUCCUGCGUUCCUGGCAGUCAUAAUGGUAUAGUGGAAAAUAGCAUAGUUACUGAUCAAGACUUGUCUGUGGCACAAUAUGAAGAUGACAUUGAGAAAUCUGUUCACCUCAAUCAAGAUGGCAGCAUCACAGUGGAAAUGAAAGUUAGAUUAAAAAUUAAAGAGGAAGAAACCAUUAAAUGGACAACCACUGUGAGUCGUGCUGGCCUCUCCGGUGACAAAAAUGCCGCCGCUUGCAGUUCUGAAGUGUGUGCGUCCCAUGAAAACGUAUCAGAGUGUAUAAACCCAAAGGAUACUCCAUUUCUGAAGAGCUACAAGGAAGAAGAGGGAGACUCUCUACAGCAAUUCAACACAGAAGUGUCAGACAAAGACUCAGAGCCUGAUUUAAAAACUGCUGGUUGUACAAGGGACAAUUCUGCAGACCUAGAUGUAAGCAGUAUAGCUGAGGAUGAUACCAAGCCUCGCUUUUACAGGCCCCCCACCCCUGGGCCAAGGCGUGUUAGACAAAAGAAAGCACUAGUUGAAAGUGUCACCUUGGUAUCUGAGCAGGAGGUUCAGGAGAAGACAAUAGGACAGUUUUCCUACAGUGAGGAAAUACAGGAUGGAGAAAAUAAAUCUGAGUAUUGCAUGGUAGCUCAUUCAAGCAGGAAGAAAUCAAGUGUCAUUAAUCCAAAGUCCGGUGAGACGAGCGAGAGUGAUUUGUUCAAGCUGUCUUCAGAUAAUAUGAAAGAAGAAGUGCUUUUUAAAGUAAGCCACAGAAGUAGUGAUUUACUAGAAACCACAAACAGGAAGAGAUUAGAAGUGCCUGAUGAGGAUGAAUUAGUGGAGAAUAUAGUAGAUAGGUCGGUGAUGGAACAAGGUACCUACAAUAGUUUGGUGUCAGCCUGCAAAGCUAACAUCAGGGGUUUCAUCCCAUCAUCAAAAAUUUACCAGGCAGCUAGGCCAGUUUCAGCAGACUGCAGCCAGGGGUCGUGUGGUAUUAAACAAAUCAAAAGAUCACUGAGUUCUUUCAUUAGAUACUCAGAAUUUCAUCAGUCAAAAGAAGAAAUAAAAUGCAGUGCUGGUGAUUUAUUACCUGUUUCUCAAGAUGCAGAGCAUUCAGCCUCUGCUGGACACAGCCAGAUGAAGACGAUGGUAUCUCCAUGCAGUGAAGCUCCUACUGAGAAAAUAAAUCCAACAACUGGAUUCUGUCCUGCUGUUACUGAAAGUGAGAACCAAGUCAGUGUCAGUAAUGAAUCUGUGGUGACAACACAUCUCAUUGAUGACAGCCAAUCUGCAUCUUCCCUCACUAAAAAGAAGAAAAAGAGAAAACCAUCUAACCUUCAUGAGCAGGGUGCACCUGAAAAUCACAGAGGUAAAGACAUUUCAGUGACAGUUAAAAGUGAGGGAAGGUACACAAGCAAAGUCACACAGGAUUCAACAGGAGAGCCUCUGGAUAAGUCUUCUGAAAUACCUCAGGAAGAAGGAAGAGAACUGUUUGUGAAAAAUGAGUCUGUCCCUUCAGACACAAGGAUGUGUCCUGAAGAUGAGUCAGUGGAACAAAAUGGAUUAUCAUCUAAAAAAGCCACAAGCAGUAAUAACAAAAAGCCAGCCAAGGUAAAAUCCAAGUCAGGCAAAAAAAAGAGUAUUGGUUCAUCCGCAAAGAGUGAAGAUGGUCUAAUGAUGGUUGAUUCAAACAAUGAAUCUCAACACAGUCAGGAUACUCUGAGUACUGAGAAACCAGGCACACAUCCCACAAACAGUUCUUUUGAGCAGAGACAUAACUCAUCAGUGAUUUCAAAGCCACUGUCAGAAGUGCCAAAGAAUCUUAACUCUGAAAAAGUAAAGGAAGACAAUAUUUUGUCAUCUAAGAAAGAGAAAAAGCAAAAGAAGAUGAAGAAAAACCUAAGUAAAGAUGCAAAUAAGUUAAAUAUGCCAGAGAGGCCCAUUACAGUAGAGGCUCUAAAACAGAAGGAUUUUCAAAGUGAGCAUUCACUUGAAAACUAUGUCCAAAGUUGGCUGAAAAAUGUGUUACCAAAUUCUGUCUUGCCCCCUAUUAAAAAAAGAGAAAGGAAUGUAGAGAACAACGAUGACUGUGAUGUUCCUAAUGAAAAUGCUGACAAAGAAACCAAGCUGGUUACUCAUGAAGUCCAUGUAGUGGAACGUAAUCUGAGCAAAAAAAAAUUAAAGCCCAUUUGCGAAUUGAAAACUUUAGAAGACUCAGCCAAGGAUUCAGGCGAAAACCAGACUGACUCUUUGGUUCACGCUAAUGCAACUGUAGUAGAAGAAGCCAAGUACACUCUAAAGUCAGAACUUCAUCAUGAUGGUAAACUACAGCUCUUUCAUGAGACACAGGGCAAUGAGAAAAAGAUCUCAGAAGCGGAUAUUCGAGAUACAAACCUAGGUCAAAGAAAAAAAUCUGAAGUUGCUGUUCAAGUGGAUUACACAAUUGUCAAUGAGAAAAUGGGAAUUGAUGUUCAGAAUAACUGUAUGUCUACCAUGAUGCUGCACGAGCUACAGUCAGCUUUGCUUGGCCUCCAGAAAGACCAUAAUGGGUGUAUAGGGAAAGCUUGUGGCCUUUCAGAUCUUUCUCCUGCAGCUUUUGGUUGUUCCUCCAAUGUCCUCCUAGCUUGGCUGCUUGUUCUGAAUUUGAGAGAGAAUUUGAUUGGGACAGUUAAAGAUGAUCUACAAAAAACUACCUGUAGCUGUUCUGAAAUAUUUACACAGUUACAGUUUCUGAAACAAACUACAGUCAUAGAAAAAGUUGAUGAGCUGAAGGCUGCCUUCUCACAUUUUCAACAAUCAACAGAAAAUAACUUACUACACUUUGGGAGGGAGCUUAAAAAGCAGAACUGCACACAUUGCUGUGAGAAUACGCCCAUAACUGAAAUUCCUAAUGGUGUACACCAGCAUGGAAAUGAAAACUCAGAGGAGCCUCGUGUUACAAAGGACAAUGUAAAUUCUGAGGACACUUUGGAUUUGACUGGGGAAAUAGAAAACUCUUUUGAUGCAGAGAAAGACCUUUGUAGAGAAACAGAAAUUUUAGAUUUGAGUGUUCCCAAAGCACAGCUAGAUGACCAAGAUGCCAGUGCUAGUUCAAAUACCUGUAGCCUUGCAUCAGCUAUAGAACCACCUGAAAGAAAUGAAGAGAUGUCUGAUAGCCUGGAUAAAAAAUCUCAAGAUCAAGACACUGAUACAUCAUUUGCUAAUGAAGAGUCAGAAACUUCCAUAGAACCAAACUCGACAGUUCAUAGUGUAAUUUCUAAUGAUAAGAGUUGUUGUGCUCUAGAUCAGGAUACCUCUGAGUUAGAAGGUGAAAGAGGUAUUGUACAUGUUGCCACUGAUAAAAGUGAAGAUGAGAAAGCUGAUCCAAAGUCAGCAGGUAAUGCCAAAACCCCAAAUGACCAACUUGAGCUAGUUACUGAAACCUCUGCAGAAUGUAACAAUGAGGAUUAUUCCGUACAGGAAGACAAGGAAUAUGCAGAAACUUGUGAGGAGACAUCUGAGAGGUUAUCUACAGUUUCUCCACUAUCAUUUUGUUAUGAAUCAAAGCAAAUUACAGAAUGUGAUAUGAGUGAAGGAGAACAGAAUUUGCACGUAGAAGAAGUGGAGAAUGAACCGCGUUCAGAUGCCUCCCAGUUAAAAAAAUGCCUUAAAAGUCCUGCUACUUCAGACUGGUCAGAUUACAGGCCAGAUAGUGAGGAGACUGAUUAUAACAAGAGAGCAUCCAGUGAUUUAACCAAUGAAAGUGAGGAUGAAGCAGAAAUUGCAAAACAUUAUAAUACUGGCUAUGUCAAAAGAACGAUUGAACGGCUUUAUGGCAAGGCGGAAGCUUCGUUCAAGCCUGAAUUUCACAAAGGAUUUCCUUAUUUGUCUCAAGUAUUUCAAAAAGACAGUGAAGAAUUUCGCUCUGCAGUAAUGGAAAAAACCAUUUCUUUUUCUCAAGAGCCUCCACCAUCUGUAGAGCAAUUGUCCCAUUCUUCACUACCAUCACAAGAAUUUCCCUUAAACUUAAGCAAAGGUGGCACUGUAUCGAGAGGAGAAAAUACUUCUUUACCAACACCACAACCUACCCCUGACAGAGAAGAGGCAAUUUACACUGAUGACUGUUCAGGGCUAUCUCCAAAGCAACAUUGUCAACCUAGUGUACAAAUUAAUGAAGAUGAAGGAAUAUUGAUAGAUAAAGGCAAAUGGCUUCUCAAAGAAAAUCACUUGAUAAGAAGGUCACCCCCUGAGCGGACUGGGAUGUAUGGCAAUUUAGAUACAACCUCAGCAGACACCGUCCUGGAUGCUAACGGUGACGAUGUUCCGUACUCACACUUUGGCAAUCUGAAUCAGUACCCAGUCUUCAAUGAAAUCUCUUCUUCAGAACUUGAAGAGAUGGCUAAACCCUCUGAAAAUCUUUGCAACUACUUCAAUAUACCUCAUAACAGUGACUCAGACCCCUUUCAGGAUGACUUGAGUGCAAAAAGCAAACCUAGCCGCAGCGAUAAGGUCGCUCCCCUUCCUGCAGCAAGCAAAGAGAAGAAUAAGCCAUCAGCCAUGGAAGGUUCUACUUCCCCACAGGCUGAUACCAAUUAUCCAGCCUUUACAUCUGUAGAAUUUAAAUUGCCUGAUAACAAAGUGCAUCCAUUGGAACAGCCUUUAGAUGAUGAACCUGUACAGUCUCAGCCAGCUGCUGCUAGUAACACUAACAGAAACGCUCUUCGGGAAGAAGAUUCUCUGGAUAAACUCCAUGCAAUAUGUGGCCAACAUUGUCCAAUACUAAUGGUGACAGUAACACCAAUUAAUGAGGAACAGAGAGGAUAUGCCUACCAAAAGGCAUCUGAUAUCGAGAACCAGCUGGGUCAGUGUUUGUUGGGCAAAAAGAGUGGGCAUUUGCAAUGGUCAGGUGAAGAUUUCACAGCAGAUGAAAAUAACCUUGUGGCUCUGAAGAGUAACCGUAUCAAUAAGAUUGCCAAUAACAUUUUUAAUAGGUUUUAUGCUAAUAACACCUUAGACUUCAUUAGUAACUUUGGAGUGCUUGCAUCUUCAACUCUGAAAGAUGCAAGCAGUUCAUGGAAGCUACACGUUGUAGAGGAUGUGAACGUGAAACCUGGGACAGUCAGCAACUGUCAAAACAACGCAUCUGAGCACAUACUCAGUGAUCUUGUGAUAGGCACUAAUAGUGAGCUACCCAACAGAAAGCCAAAAAUCUGCCAAACUCUAAGAAUAAGCUUAAUUCGUAUUGUUGGAGAAAAAUUCUCUCCAGUGUUGGUGGAUCCAGCAGAGACCUGUCAUUCUGAAACAUUCCUGAAGGGUGACACGUCUUUAAAUAACACUGAACAUAAUGCCUCUGAAAAUCUGAGAAAUGGCAAUGCCUUUCCUGAAGAAGAAGAAGAAGAAGGAAUCUGCUUUGGUACGAUGGACAAUGGAAACAGUAAAGAUGAGAAAGACUUGUAACAGAGAUUUUGGAACUUCUGGAACAUUAGAUUAGUGAAAACACCUGCAGGA